AUGUCUCGUCGCCCUACCGUCCCUGAACGGCCUUCUCGGCCCAUCGCGCUGGGGAGCUGCAUCAUCUACGGCUGCGGAGCAGGACUGCUUGGAGUCGCCGCAAUGACGAUCGGAGAAAAAAUCGAACAACACUUCACCGGUAGGCCUAGCUCGUACGUCCCUGGACAUACGCUUGAGCGCCUCCUGUCGCUCCGCACUCGACCUGAUUCAGAGCGCUUCGGGCUAAACAUGGCCAUGCAUUACGGACAGGGAGCAGCUGCGGCGAUCAUCAGAGCUCUCAUGAGCGCCAAUGGUCUUCGCGGGCCCUUUUCCGACUUUAUGUUUAUCUCUGUACGGCUUCUGAUUGAUCAGACCCUGGAGAAUAUGACUGGCGUUGGGGCGCUUCCGUGGACGUGGCCAGUUAAUGAGCAGGUCAUUGAUAUUCUCCAUAAGGCAGUCUUUGCAUUCGUGACGGGAUAUUUCACCGACAGAUGGCUUCAGUGA